CUAAUGUUAAUUUCAAUAUUAAAGCCAACAUUGACUUUAAUAUUAAAACUAAUAUUAAAGCUAAUAUUGAAGCCAAUAUUAAAUCUAAUGUUGAAGCUAAUAUUAACUCCAAUAUUGAAAUUAACAUUAGUCUCAAUAUUAAAAAAAUAAUAAAAGAAGUAUUAAAAAAGCAAUAA